ACAGUAAUGCUGCAGUAUAACACGUGAUACUUCGCGACUUUUCGAUGUAAUUUUUCACUAAAAAUAAAGAAAUGUUCUGUGAUGUCAGAGUUUAUGGAUCAAACACAUUUUCUCGGCUGAAAAUGGGCGUUUCCCAUCUUUUCCCUUGGCCCUGAACGCCUCCUCCUGCCGAUGAUUGACAGCCGCGGGGUGUCGUGUUACAGCGGUGGGCGGGGCUUCGUGUUGCUCAACAUGGCUGCGCCCUGUCCGGAUCAACAGGUCUGAAGGUGUUCAUGAUGUCCAGGGAGCAGGUGAGUAUCAGUGAGCUCCUGCUCUCAUUGGACAGUUCAGAGCUGCAGGAGGCGGAGCAAGUCAGAGCAGCAGUCAACCAGCAGCUGAGUACAGACAGAGGAGGUGCUGUCCUCUCCUCCCUGGUGGAGCAUUACCUGGACUCGUCCUCGUCUCAGGCGGUGCUCCUCCUGUCCUCCGUCAGAGAGCCUCAUCACAAGCCGCUGCUGGAGAAGCUGAACGAGUCUCUGAGCAGACCCGGGACCAGGCUGGCCGCUCUGACCCUGCUGGGUCACCUGAUCAGGAAACAGCCGCCGUGGGUUCAUCACAUCAGCCGCUCGGCGCUGCUGCCCUCCCUGCUGCGCUGCCUCAAGACAGACACUGACGUGGUGGUCCUGAUCACCGGAGUCCUGGUCCUCAUCACUCUGUUACCCAUGAUCCCUCAGGCCGGGAAACAGCACAUCUACGACUUCUUCGACGUGUUCGGACGCCUCGCGUCCUGGAGCUACAAAAACCCCGGUCAUGUACCUGUGGUCCACCUGGUCCACCUCCAUGCAGGUGUGUACUCUCUGUUCCACCGACUGUACGGGAUGUUCCCCUGUAACUUCAUCUCCUACCUGAGACUGCACUACAGCAUGAAGGAGAACCUGGACACCUUCCAGGAGGUCGUCAAGCCGAUGUUGGAACACGUCAGGGUUCACCCCGAGUUGGUCACAGGGACUCAGGACUACGAGCUGGACCCGUCCAGGUGGAGGUGUUAUGAAGUCCAUGACAUCGUGAUCGAGUGCUCCAGAGUGUCUCUGGAUCCCCUGGAGUCUUCCUGUGAGGAGGACAUUUACUCCUCCCUGAGAGACCCUCCCCCCUCCCCGCUCCCCUCCCCCCUCCCUCACCUGAACCUCACCUCAGAGUCCGUCAGCAGCUCAGGUGAGGAGCUCAAACACACCUGCCGCCCAGAACGGACCAGGACCAGAAGUUUGUCGACGCCCCCUCCUGAACCUGCUGGUCCAGGCUCCGCCCACCCACUGAGCAGGACCGCCUCCAUCUCAGGUGUGAAAUGUCCCUCAUCAGCCACUGUCCCAGUGACAUCACUGACCGACGAGAACCAAGAUGGCGGUCUGACUCCUUACAAUAACAACCAGGAGUCUCUCUCUCUCUCGUCCUCGCAGGUGAAGCCGGUCGCGGCGCUGGAGGGGCCGUCCCCUCGGCCAAUCACAGAGAAGGAGAGAAGAGGCCAGAGUUCUGGCAUCAGCAGCAACAGCGAAGAGCUCAGACCAGAGUCCCAGCAGCCUUCCUCCUCCUCCUCCUCCUCCUCUCAGCCUGUCCUCCUCACCUCCACCCCCGGCCGUGAUGAGCCCUCGUCAGGUCCAGCCCCCCCCCCUCGUCCCUGCUCCAUCUCACUGUGCUUCACCCCCCCUCACCCCUCCACCACCCCCGACAGAUCAGAGGAGGAAGGCUGCGCCCUGUUUGGCCCCGCCCCUCCGUACGCAGCCCUGUUUGAGCUCGCUCUGCCCCGCGCCGCCACGCUCUUCAUCGGGAGGAAGACACAGGAGGUGCUGGAGAGAGCAGCGGGGGAGAAAGACAAGGGGGGAGGAGGAGAGGGGGAGGACCGGGAGGAGGAGCAGACCUCCGUCUCUCCUCUGGAGGUUUUAGACCAGCUGAUCGUCCAUGGACACGACGCCCACGAACACCUCAGCAGGAGGUUGUCAGCAGUGAGUAAGUCGGGGGAUCGGAGUCACUUUGGAGGUAAACAGCAGAGCAUGAAAACCAAAGGCCCCGCCCAGGGGGAGGAGCUUCAGUCUCUGAGGAGUCAGCUGCUGCUGGUCCACAGUCAGCUGCAGUACGAGCGUUUCAAACGUCAACAACACGCCAUCAGAAACCGCCGUCUGCUGCGGAGGGUCAUCAGCGCCACCGCGCUGGAGGAGCACAGCGUCGCCAUGAAGGGUCAGCUGAGCGUUCAGGACGAGGAGAUUCGCUCUCUGAAGUCGAGUCUGCAGGAAGAACAGAGGCGAUACACACAACUGCAGCGGGACACGCACACACACACCGAGCAGCUGCACACACACAUCCAGCAGCUGCUGCUGCAACAACAGGAAGCGCAGAGAGACAGCCAGAGACUGCAGAGCGAGCUUCAGGAGUGUCAGAGCAAGUUGAGGGAUCUGGAGGCGGAGCUUCAGAAAGCCAAUAACAAGGCUUACAAUGCAGAGCACCAGCUGACCCAGCUGUCACUCAAGCUGUGCAGCAGCGAGCAGCUGCAGCAGCAGAUCUUCCUGUUGAACCAGCAGCUCGUCCUGCUGAGAGAAACUAACAGAGGUCUGACAGACCAGCUGGAGGCAGGAGAGACACACCACUGCGCUGAGGCGGCCAUGCUGCAGUGCAGCGUGGGUAAGGAGUACCAGCGGCUGAAGGACAGUGACGUCCAGCAGAGACAGAAGCUGGAAGCAGCCAAUCACAGGAUAGCGGAGCUGGAGAACCAGCUGGCCAGGAAAGACCAGCUGAUCCAGGAUCAGAAGAAACUCCUGGAUGACACGAAGGCCCAGAGCAGAGCUGAGCUGUCGGCCUGCGAGAGCCUCUGCGUCGCUCUGAGGAGAGUCACGCAGACUCUGCAGACGGAGAUGCUUCACCUGUACAGCCAGAUCCACCUGGACACGCACACCGACACGCACGCGCACAGUCGGCCUCAGGACGUCUGCAGCAGGCCAAACGGCGGCGGCGGCGACGCCUUACCAGAUCCUCAGGGCAGCCACAAGCCGCACCCCUCCUUUUCUUCUUCUGUUGGUAUAAUAAACGGAGGUGUGGAGGCCCUCUCCACCUCCCCCCUGCACCUCCCCUCCUGCUCCUCCUCCCCCCUCUCCCUCUCCCCUAUCGACUCCCCCCUGGCCGUCGGCUCCUUCCUGGAGCAGCGUGCACGGCAGCUGUUCAGACCGACCAAUCACAGCCAGGAGGAGGAGGAGCAACAGGAGGAGGAGAAGGAGGAGGAAGCGGAGGAAGAGGACGAGGAGGCCCAGUCAGAAAGCCCUCCUCUGGGUCAGGAGGCCAUCCUCCUCGCAGGCAGUCCUCAGACGGAGCCCCCGAGCCUGGCUUCAGCUCACAGCCUCCCUGGCUCUGGACCUCCAGCGCCCCCUGCAGACCUGACCCUCGCUGUCCGCCAGAGGAGACACGAACUGAGCAUCAUGGACUACGACGAGACACUGCCAGAGUACUGAGAGAUGGGUGGAAGGAGGCAGGGAGGGAUAGAAAGAGGUGGAGAGAGAGAGAGAGAUCAGCUGGCUGCAGUCCAGGUGUUAGCAGGCUACCGCUAACUGGCUAGCCACCCUGACAGUUUACAAUCACUGUCUGAUCUUUCUCUUUACUACAUCAGGACCUUCAGUCGCCUUUAAUAAAAAAAUUAUAAACUAUAUUCAUAUAACAGAAUAUGUUACAGAGUACAAGAAAAUAAAUGAAUAAAAGGCAAAACUCCACAUGCACAGCUCACAACCGGAGACUAAAAACCAAAACCGAGUGUCACGGUGAAAUUAAUUUGUAGUUCUAGAAGCUCGGUGAUGUAGUGACUACUUGGCAAACUACUGCUGUAACUGCUAACGUGCGUGCUAUCUGGAAACAUGCAAGUGCUAGCCAGCCACAAUAGCCCAGUUAGAUAUUAUGGCAGUUAGCAAGAUAGCUAGCUCAAUGGUUAACUGGUGAAUAAACUGACAGUUUAUUCGAGUGAUUCACGAGGUUCGAUAGCAGUUUAUACUCCAGCAAAGCAGUGACGUAUCAAAUGAUUCAACACAACUAAGGUUCCUUCCUCCACUUUGAACAUGGUGAGCUUCAAGAAUAAAAAUUUGCCUUUCAGCUAACUCAUUUUUAGCUAAGAGUUUCUUAAACUGUUUUAGCUCAAUUAAAAAAUAUAUGAAUACAUGUCUGAUGAAUUAACAUCUUUUUAUUAUUUUUUCUCACAAUCUGUAGCUCUGCUGUGCUGUGAAGGAAAUGAGUUCUCAACUGCGACUGAAGGUCCUGAGUUUAUAUUAUGAGUUUUAUAGUUGGGUUCAUGUCUGGAGGGACAACAACUUAUUAUAGCCAAAAAUAAGGAAUCAUGGAAAUUCAGUUUUUUAGUGUUGAUGAAUUUACAAUGAAGCUAAUAGCAGCUCUGCUAAUCAUGCAGUGUGAGCUGUAACUUCAAACUGCCUUACUGUCGCCCAAAAAAUGUUGCUCAUUUUUCAAAUACAGCAGCAUCAAAACACUAAAUGAGAUCUGACUUUUGCAAGAAACCUUCCUCAGGAAUUUAAUCGAUUGAAAAAUAACCCUGCUGUUGUGAUGAUUCCCAGUAAAUGUGUUUGUUUACUAGGGGCAGCAGAACAAGCUGUACAACAACAUAUCUGACAUUAUCAUCUUAUAAAGUAGGUGAUACUAACAUGUUCUACUUCCACAUCCAGCAGACACAGAGCAACAUAAUCACCCCAUUAAAAGUGUCAAUAAUUGGUUGUGGGGUUCCUCAGGGUUCUAUGCUUGGUCCUUUAUAUUUUCAGUUUACAUGCGAACAUGCACAUUUAUUUGUCCAUCAACCAUCAGGCCUCUCCUGUCCAGACUGUCAGCAAUUUUUUGACCAAUUUCUGGAGCUUAAACAACACAUUCAGAUCCCACAAAUCUCCACCCUUAUAUUUACUUUGUGACAUUUUGAACUGUUUUUCAAAUGAUUGGUCAAAACACCAAGUUUGUUGUGAUUAUAUAAAAGCCUUAAUGGCGGAAAAAUAAGCCAGUAAAAUAUUUUUUCUUCUAUAAUCUUCUGACAUGGCAUUUCAACAGACUGAUGUAUUUCCAAACCAAUCAGGAAGCUCACCUACUCAAUCAGGGACUAAACUACCAACCUGCCCCCUGUAAACCACAAUCAGUCUGUGGUGACACAUCAGGGCGACAGCUGCAGUAAUCAGCCUUAAUAUUGUUAUGAUUGAAUUAUUAGCGUGCAUGUAAACUGACCUAAAUGUUCCUUUUUCCGGUUUUGGGGAAAAAAAUCUCCUCAGGUUCACAGCUCAGGAUCCCAGAGUCAGAUGAGAAAACAGAAAAGAGUUUCAUUUCUGUAUGAUGAGUUCGGGACGUGUUCAGCCUCGUUUUUCAUUAGUACAACAUUUUGUGAAAUACUAUUCAACUGCUGCUCCCAGUCUUCAUGCUAAGCUAGGCUAACCACAUUCAACUGCUGCUCCCAGUCUUCAUGCUAAGCUAGGCUAACCACGUCCUGACUGCAGCUCUGUACUUAAAGUAACACAGAAGUAUGAGAUUGAUAUCUAUCUGAACACUUCUCUUUCAGAAAGAAAGACAUUUAAGAGUAUUUCCAAAAAUGUCAAACUGCACCUUUAAGCCAAAAGCUGACGAGGAUCAGUUGCAGUUCACAGUGAUGACAGACAGACCAAAGACUUCCUUUUGUCCUCUGUAGGACUGAAUCCAGCUGAUUAAACCUGAAUGAAUCAGUCUCUAAUGAUCUCCGGGUGAUUUGUUUUUCUGUCCCACUGUUGGGCAGCAACUCAACGUGGCAGCUUGUCUUCAGCAGUGUUGCUCUGUUUGCUUCAGAGAUCUGCUGUCAGGAAACAUCUAAAUCAGUGCUUGUUGCCUCGUGUAUCACAAACCUGAAGAGACAAUUGUUAAACUGUGAACACUAGAAAUAAAGACUUCUAAAACCUC